UGCGUAACUGUGUAGAUGCAGAGGCAUUCUUUAUUUUCUUUAUUUUAUAAUUUUAGGGUGAAGUCAAGGUAGGUGAUCUAAUACACAUUGUUUAUGUGUGCUGCAUACAGAUAAAGUUUAGUGACUCUGUGUUAAUAGAUUGAGUGAUUUUGGACAGUGGUUCCAGAUAGUGUGCUGCGGUUGCAGUUGUGCUAUAUACACAGUUAUUCCUUAUUUUUUACUUUUACGUUUCAGUUAAGGUAGGUGAUUUAAUACACCAUCGUUUAGUUUCCAUUAUUGCAUCGUGGAGUGUUGCCCUUCCAAUAUAUAUACUUUUUUCCAUAUAUCAUGCAACUGAGUAGAACCCUGUAAAUCAAUGUAUUAGUGUUGUUACGUAUAUAUCAUGUCCGAGAGAAGUUUGAGGAAAAGAUCCUCUGCUCUAGCAAUUGGUGAAGAAUGUCAUAGUGAGAAAUUACGCCAAAGCAACCUUUUUGAACAAAACAAGUGCCUCUUUUGUGAAAAAGAUCUGAAAUAUCUCAAAGGAAACACAAAAGAAUCAUUAACAAAAUGCCAAACAGACAACGCUUCAACAUCAAUAAUAAAUGCAGUGAAAGCCCAAGAAGACUGGACUUUACAUGCAAAAAUAGGAGGACGCUGUUUGAUAUCAGCAGAAGCUUGGUACCAUAAUACCUGUAGAAGAAAUUACUUGUGCAAGAAAG